AAGCAGACGACAGGACGUGCCCUGCAGUAAUGAGCAGCACGCGAGGCGGAAAGCGGGCACGUAGGUAGAUCACGUUCAGAGACGCCGACCUACAUGCAGCACUUCUGCUACUGGAUAUCACAAUCGAUUGAUAACCCAGGUUGCAACCAUUCGCCGUUACGAAUUGUAGCGCAACUGAGUUAUCCUUCAGCGUACCAGAAGGACUUGUGACACUUGCUAACUUCGUGCUCGCCAGUUCCGGACGUUCCAACAGCGGCCGCUGGAUGUUUACGUCUGUCGCAGUCGACUGUACGGACACAAACCGGUUUGUCGGGGACACGUUCCUGUGAAAGCGAACGCCGUCGGGUUCGGAUAUGAGGGCCCGAAUUCUAUUCUCCUGGAUCCUAGCCUGGGUCCAGCUGAGACAUGCAACGUCCUUCUCCAUUGAGGUUUGGUGUGACGCAAAGGACGCACGGACGACUACGACGCGCGUGGUAAUGGGGAAGCUCAGAGCCAGUGCCAAUACCACUGUGGACCAAUUCUUCAAAGAUCACAAGGAGAAGAUUCACGACAACUGCUUAAAACAUUGUUGUAAUUUAGGUACCUGCCUUGUGGGAACUGUUAAGGAAUCUGGAAACACCACAGCGUGCCUUGUGUAUGGUUCGUACGUUAAAGAUCUCUGCACCUUUACAAAAACAGCAGGUGAGACGAUCUGUCACAGAAACACAAUUGCUAUGCCACUUGCGGCGACUCUACUGGGUUCAUCUUCGCUCGCUGAAGUCGCUUCUACUACUGCUAGUGCCUUCACGAGAAGUAUGAACACAACAUCUAAACCCGAGACCACACGUUCCAGCAGUACGACAAAACCAACGACAACAGAAUCCGCAACGACAUCUGAACAUACAACUAUGAGGAUAGACCUCACCCGCGACGAGGCGUGGCAUCACUUAUUGAAGUUACUAAAGUCUUCUGUAAAACCGAGGAAAGGGGUGCAAUUUAAUGCGAACAGUAUAGCAGGAUCUAUGACUACAGUAUCAAAGGAUGCUGUUUACAAGAAAACAAUGCUGACGAAACCACAAAGCCUAAUACAUGAGCAUCCAGCUUCCGUUGUUGCAUCCACCCCAGCUACCACAGAAGAGACAACUUACACAGAAGCAAAUUUGCAAGAAGAAGCAAGUUCUACUACCACAGUAAGGUCAACAAUUACAGCAACAUCUGCAGUGGACCUUACGACUACAAACAGAGCAACUGUCACUACAACUCCAGUGACAACAACAAGCACAGCAACAACUGAAAGUCCUACAACUACCACAAGUUCAACAAUCACGUCAAGAUCAACAGACACUACAACGCCAGUGACAACCACAAGCCCAUCAGUAACAACUGAAAAUCCAGCGACUACCAGGAGCCCAACAACUGCAUCAAGACCAACAGUCACCACAACCUCAAAGACGACUACAAGACCAGCAAGAACUGAAGAUCCAUCAACUACCAGAAACCCAACAACUGCAUCAAGACCUACAGUCACCACGACCCCAGCGACGACUACAAGCCGAGGAACAACUGAAAGUCCAACACAUCCAACAAGUGCAAGGCAAAUGACAACAACAAGCUCCCCUACUACAGCUCCAAUGACGACAACCUCAACAACUGUAUUCCUUGCUACACAGACGGCUACAUCGGCGCCACCCUUGUGGGAGACUAUGCUUACCCGGUCGAACCAUUCAAGCACUGCAGAAACUCCUGCUACAUCUACUGCAAUACCUCAGUCCCCACGUAUCAAAAUUCAAGAGUCAUCCACCUCAAGUGCUGUGAAGGACACGGCUCCAGUACGUGUCCACGCUCACACAACGUUUGUCGUCGAAGUUGACCAUAAUGAGGAGUCAGCGCCUAUGGGUCUGAUCGUUGGGCUGAGCUUAGGCCUGGUGUUUAUUUUCAUUGUCCUGGGAGUUGUCGGUCGACAGAUCCUGGAGUUGUGGCAGAGGAGACACUAUUCACGUAUGGAUUUUUUGGUGGACGGCAUGUAUCAUUGAGGUAGACGCUUCAGUGGCAUCGCGUUUCUUGUGCCUUAGAAUUUGUGCUUCAUAUUGGAGUCACUAUAAACAAAACUGCAAUGUGAGCCAUCUGACUGGUUCAAACAUGUGAGCAGCAGCGGGACUAGUAAACUCGCUUGUGAUCUUCCAGUGAUUAAAUUAUAGUCACAAAAAUGAGAGUGUUAUGUAAAUAGAUAGGGCUUCCAUAACUCGUACAGCUUCUUUUAUACCUAAGUCACAAUAUGAAAUGGAACAAACGUCUGGACUGCGACUUGCAGGUAGAUUUUACUGGAAGCUUUGUAUAUAAUAGUAACUUUAUUCCACGAAAAGUCAAGUACUUAACUGACAAUAGGCCUUUAUAAACAGCUGAUAGCCUACGCAAAGUUAUUGAAUAAAUUAUUCUGUUGAA